UUGUCAAGACCACUUCCCUUCACAUGAAGUGUUCUGUGAUGUGACUGCUGUAUGUGAUUUACCUGCAGACAUGUCUUAUCGUCUCUGAAGUCACACAGCGAGAUGAGAGGAGCAGCUAUGAGUCUCACUUUUGUCGUCCUUCUCCUCACUCUGCCAGUGAUGAAGGGUGAAAAUGGCUGGCAAGUGACUUACACUCCUCCUCAGAUCUGUGCCUUAAAAGGAUCCACAGUGAUAAUACACUGUAGCUACACAUACCCAUCCACAAUAUACCCUGUUAAUCCAGCUGAGAAAAGAUUUUGGUACACGAAAGAGAGUAAUGGUGUUUAUGUAGAUCUGAGAAUGGACCCGGAGUAUUCAGGUCGUGUGCAGUAUCACUGUGGAAACAACCUCUGCACUCUUACCAUCACAGACCUGAGAGAGAGCGACUCAGCUGAGUACUAUUUUAGAUUUCUAACAAGCCAACCAGAUGGGAGAUAUACUGGUGUACCAGGAGUCACUCUGUCCGUCACAGAUCUCCAGGUGCAGGUGAGCAGAACAGAGGUCCACACGUCUUACAUCAGGGCAGAGCUGAAGUGUCACAGCAGCUGUCACCUGCCUGGUCCUCCUCUCUACAUCUGGUACAAGAAUGGACAGAAAAUGUGGCCACCACAGUCUCAUUCUUUCACAGACGACAUUUAUGAUCCUGCAAGCAGCUAUUCCUGUGCUGUAACAGGACAUGAGAACUCCUCCUCUCCUACAGUGUAUGCUCCACAGCUUCCCUCUGUGUCAGUGA